AUGAACGAGCCGGAGUAUUAUCCCCCUGGGUACAACUUGUCUGCCACCGCCGUUUCCGCCAUGGUGUCCAUGCUGGCGCAUGUUGUCUCCGGCGAGACCGAACCCUCCAGUAUCGUCGAAGAGUCUACGAGCUGCCACAAGAGAGAAAGAGAAGAGUUGCCUUUGUGUCCUCAACGUUCAACUGUGACAGAAGAAUAUAAAAACACAACAUCUUUGGAGAAGCCAAGGAGAUACAGAGGAGUGAGGCAACGACCAUGGGGGAAAUGGGCGGCGGAGAUUCGAGACCCACACAAGGCAAUGCGUGUCUGGCUCGGCACUUUUGAAACCGCCGAGGCCGCUGCAAGAGCUUACGAUGCGGCGGCGCUACGGUUUAGGGGAAGCAAAGCAAAACUUAAUUUCCCUGAAAAUGUUGGAACUCAUGCGGUUCAAGGAGAUUCCCACUACUUGCGAAACUCGUUUCAACCUCCUCCGACAUAUUUCGAUCAAUGUCCAAGUUUAUCGUCCUCCUAUGGAUACAUUGAGCAACAACAACCAUUAGAGGGCAUUUUGCAGCCAACCCAAGAGGAAAGACAUAGUUUCACAGAUUAUGAUCAGUACCAUUAUCACUCUUCCGGUUAA